AUGCAACCACCAACACUUAUUCAAACUGUUCUCAAAUAUAAGACUCUUGCAACUUUUUUGCGGCCGAUUGCAGAGGGUUAUGUAAAUCUUGCAGGAUAUAGAAAAAUUGGAUUGAAAUAUGAUGACCUUAUUCCAGAAGAAAAUGAUGCAAUGCAGAGUGCUUUAAAACGGUUACCAAAGCUAGAAGGCUAUGAUCGUGUAUAUCGAUUACGUAUUGCCUCACAAUGUUCGUUAGCUCAUACACUUUUGCCAGAAAAACAGUGGGUAAAAGCAGAAGAAGAUACACGGUACAUUGAUCCUAUUCUACAAGAAGUAGUUAAUGAAAUGAAUGAGCGACAUGAUUUAGAUACUUUGAUUCUAGAGAAAAAUCUAAAACAUUAA